AAACCUAAUAUUCCAUCCCUGAUAUUCUUAGAGCCAACAUGGCGGACCGAGACCUACGGUUUCCUGAUUGUUAUUGCUUGUGAAGGAAGUAUGCCGUGAAGCCCUUUAACGAAAGAAAUGCGCCCUCAUUGGUUUCCACGGUGUUUACGGAGCGAGAGCCAAUCAUAUGUGCCCGCUGAUCCAGGUGAUAUCCCUCCUACCAGUAUCUCCGGAGUAGGUUUAUUUUGGUUUACCCCCUGCUCCAGUGCCGCCGCCAUUAGAGCCAGUCACAUCGGCAACAGAAAUGGGAAUUCCGGUGUUUGAAACCCUCUAAAACCGAUUUGAUCCGGGGUUGCUUGGGGUUUCAGAGGAAGGGGGAGAAAUAACAUGGGAGUUCGGCCGCAGAAUCGCUCUGCUGUCGCGGUGGAUUGUCGGUGCUGAGCUGGAUUUGGACCCGGAUCGGAUCGGAUUGGGUUUCGGUAGGACAGACGUUCGGUUUGCAGAAGGGCGAACUCGGGAGCGGUAGUGUUUGCAAACUGUGGAGGGCAAAAACAGGAGAAACUGGAGGUGCUGUGAGCGUGAGCGAGUGAAAGCAGGUGAAGAACGGAGGACCGGCGGGAGGGAGGGAGGGGGGGCCAUCAGCUGCGGUGACCGGCGUGAGCGAGGAUGACAGAUUUUGGCUUGAAGUGGAGCUGCGAGUACUGCACCUACGAGAACUGGCCGUCCGCCAUCAAAUGCACCAUGUGUCGGGCCCAAAGGCACAACGCGCCCAUCAUCACCGAGGAACCCUUCAAGAGCAGCUCCAGCCUGGACCCACAACUGUGCACCACCCAGCUCAUCUGCCCCGACUCUAGCGCCCGGCCUCGGGUCCGGAUCGCCGACGAGCUGCCAGAGACCAGCAGCAAAUGGUCCUGCCACAUGUGCACCUAUCUGAACUGGCCCCGCGCAAUCCGCUGCACGCAGUGCCUCAGUCAGAGGCAGCAGGGCUCCCAACACGGCCCGCUCAGUCCGUCUGAAGCCCCACAGACAUCGGACUCGGGGUCCAGACCAUCCCCGGUCACCUCGGACCCAUGCGAGGAGUAUAACGACCGGAAUCGGCUCAACAUGCAUGCGCAGCGAUGGCCAUGCUCGGCUUGCACCUAUGAGAACUGGCCAAAGAGUUUGAGGUGCGUGGUUUGCGACCACCCUAAACCCAGCAGUUCGCCCGAGGCGCCUCAGCAGGAUUCGGAGGCAGAGAGUGCCAUGUCCCUGUCGAUAGUGAACGAGCAGGAACGGGAUAACCUAAGGACAGCGGGGGGAGGGGGGGUGAGCAGGGGCAGGCAGAGGAAACUCUCUCCACCUACGUGUAAAGGGCAGGCGGAGGUGAAGAUCGAGCUUGCGUCGGGAGCGGUGGGCAGCGAUAACGAGCAGGAGGCGGACUUUAAAAAACUCAAACAGAUCCGGAACAGGAUGCGGAGAAGCGACUGGCUCUUCCUGAACGCCUGCGCUGGUGUUGUGGAGGGGGAUCUGGCUGCUGUGGAGGCGUACAAGUCAUCCGGUGGUGAUAUCGCACGUCAGCUGACCGCAGACGAGGUGCGAAUUCUCAACCGUCCAUCCGCGUUUGACGCUGGUUUUACUUUGGUGCAUCUGGCCAUCCGCUUCCAAAGACAGGACAUGCUUGCGGUGCUGCUCACGGAGGUGUCUCAGCAGACAGCGAAGUGUAUACCGGCUCUGGUGUGUCCUGAGUUAACAGAACAGAUCCGCAGAGAGGUGGCAGCAGCACUUCAUAGGCGUAAAGGAGAGUUUCCCUGUUACUUCUUCACUGACCUCAUCACCUUCACAUUACCAGCAGAUAUUGAAGACCUUCCCCCAAAUGUUCAAGAAAAACUGUUCGAUGAGGUCCUGGAUCGAGAUGUACAAAAAGAGCUGGAAGAGGAGUCUCCCAUCAUUAACUGGUCUCUGGAGCUGGGCACGCGUCUGGACAGCCGGCUGUAUGCUCUGUGGAACCGAACCGCUGGAGAUUGCCUACUGGAUUCAGUGUUACAAGCCACGUGGGGAAUUUACGACAAAGACUCUGUCCUAAGAAAAAGCCUCAACGACAGCUUACACGACUGCUCUCACUGGUUCUACACUCGCUGGAAAGAGUGGGAGUCCUGGUAUUCCCAGAGCUUUGGUUUGCAUUUCUCUCUGCGGGAGGAGCAGUGGCAGGAGGACUGGGCAUUUAUAUUAUCAUUAGCUAGUCAGCCGGGUGCGAGUUUAGAGCAGACACACGUGUUUGUCUUGGCACACAUCCUUCGGAGGCCUAUCAUAGUGUACGGUGUGAAAUAUUACAAGAGCUUCAGAGGAGAGACGCUGGGAUAUACACGCUUUCAGGGUGUAUACCUGCCUCUAUUAUGGGAGCAGAGUUUCUGCUGGAAGAGCCCUAUCGCCCUGGGUUACACGCGCGGACACUUUUCCGCCUUGGUUGCCAUGGAGAACGAUGGCUACGAUAAUCGAGGCGCGGGCGCCAACUUGAACACAGACGAUGAUGUCACUGUUACUUUCCUGCCGCUGGUUGACAGCGAACGAAAGCUGUUGCAUAUUCACUUUCUGUCAGCACAAGAGAUGGGGACGGAGGAGCAGCAGGAGCGGAUGCUGAGGCAGUGGAUGGACUGCUGUGUUACGGAGGGCGGGGUUUUGGUGGCCAUGCAGAAGAGCUCCAGGAGGCGGAACCACCCACUUGUCACUCAGAUGGUGGAGAAGUGGCUGGACGGUUACCGGCAGCUUGCCGCUUGUCCAACUCUCUCCGACGGAGAGGAGGAAGAGGAGGACGAAGAUGAGUGAAGAACAGUCGGCGUCACUUGACACUACAACACGACCCUCUUGCGUUCCCCAACAUACGGAAACACACAAACACACACCUCUAACCCCGACCGAACGACAAACCCAAGCUUUCCUUUUUGGUUUUUGUCCCUAAACGACAAAUAAUUGGGGUUUGUUGCAAAAUAAAGGAAUGCAAUCAUGAUUGUAUUUGUCUUUACAGAGUAUGUUCUUUGCUUUCGUUUGUGUUUUGUUUUUAAUUUGCUGGUGCAAUGCUUGUAGUGAUUUAAGAAAAAGAGGAGGAAUUUAAGCACCCUUUUUAAAAUGUCUGACGCAGAUGUCUAUUUCUAUUUGUGUAGCGUGACUCUAGACUAAGAUUACUAAAACAUAAUUCACUACACGUUUGAAAAUGAGCAUUAUCUAUGAAUCACACGUAUGACUGUCACAAUUGUUUUUUUUUUUUAAUAAAGCUGUCGUUCCUCACCUGAUCGUUACGGGGAGAACGCAAGUGGAUAUUUUAACUCGAUUUCUAACAGAUUUUCUGUAUUUAUCUGAAUAAUAGUGUGUGAGCCAUAGAAAUGAAUGCUUUUCCACUCACAUUGUCGUCUCUUGUCGUCCCAUCUUUGAACUGCACUACAAACGUGAACGCUGCAAAGAAAAAGAGGCAUGUGUCAGUUUACUGUGUCCGUCGGAUGCCGUUUUUGAAAGGGAACAUUAUUUCAGCUCUUCUUCCAAUGUGGUCCCUUCACACUUUCAGUUGUGUAUUUGUGUGUGUCUGUUGUCUUUUGUGAAAUGUCUGGCCACAGAUUUUUCAGUGCACAUUUUUCCACUCAGUUUCCAAACCUUGAUGAAAAAGACUUGAUGUAGACCAAAGUGAACAUUACGAGAGAUCUGUGGAGUGUUUUUGCAGUGCUAAUAUAACCGGUUAACUGGCUUUUUCCCCCCCUGUUCCCAUCUCAUCACCUCCUGUGGUUUUUAUGUCCGGUCCUUCUCACAUCCUCAUGUUUUAUUUUAUUUUUUAAAUUAUGUGAUAGUUCUGCUACACUAUGGUAUAUUUGAUAUAUAAGGUGGAGACCAAACUUGGUGAUAUUGAAGACCUAAGUGUUUUGAAUGUCCAACUACGAAACUAUUAUAAAACUUCGAAACAAAA